AUGGAUGAAACACAAUGGAAAAGAUUAACGAAUCAUGAUCCAACGACUAUCGUUUCAUCUCAUCAAACGGAUGCCGUCAACAUUCUUAAACGUCGCACAACAUUUGUUAAAUAUAAAUCCACUGGCCGCACAUAUGCACGCUUGUAUUAUUUAGUUUUAUCCGAAGAUUCAAUUCAUUAUUUGGGCUCAAGAACAAAAUCAAAACGUCAAGCAUGUAUAAUAAAAAAUAUUGAUGAGAUUCGUGUAGGUUUUAAUACAGCUGUUUGGAAAAAAUGUCUAAAGAAAAGAGCAAUAACAAAAGAUAAAGCUAGUUUAGCUUUUUCCAUUAUGCAUAAUCAUAACCGUAAUUCCCUUGAUUUACUUGCUGAUAGUGAGGAAACGCGUUCACAAUGGGUUCAAGGCUUAGAAUUUUUAAUCAGCCGUUAUCAAUCGCAUAUUCGUACAAAUCGUGAAAUAACUGAUCAAUGGAUAUGGAAUUUAUUUUCACAGGCUGAUGUUGAUCAAUCCGGACAGUUAAAUCGCAAUGAAGUUUUACGCCUUUUAUUUACACUUAAUAUACAAUUAAAGAAUUCAGAAAUUGAUCUAUACUUUAAACAAGCAAAUAUCCGCGCGAGAAAUGAUCAAGAAUUAAAAAAUUUAGAUAAAGAAGAAUUUUUGAUCUUCUAUAAAUACGUAUCACAACGGCCAGAAUUAUUAAAAAUUAUUUGUCAAUUUAAUGGUAGCACCAAUGAAGAAAUGGCAGGAACACUAUCGAAUUAUAGUGUUCUGCAUAAAAUGCCUCGAGUAACAUUUGAAACAAGUCCUAUUAAUAGUUCUCGUGUAUUAAAUAUUCGGAAGCAAAAAAGUCCAAAAAAUAAAAGUCUUUCAUCAAGUUUUCGCCGGCGGUCAGCAUCAAUUACGCCCGAACCUUCAUCGCGUGGAGCUGAGAAAAAGAAUUUUCUGACAAUUGAACAAUUAAAAAACUUUUUACAGAAAGAACAACAUAUGAAUACAUUAUCGAUUGAGGAUUGUGCAAGAUUAAUUGCAAGAUUUGAACCAUCGAUUGAAGGACGUCAAUCGGAAGAACUCGGCGUUGAUGGUUUUCGUUUACUUUUACUACACGAUGAAUUUUGUAUUAUGAAUCCAGAUAAGAUUCAUCGUAUAUAUCACGAUAUGACACGACCGAUUACUGAUUAUUUUAUUGCAACAUCACAUAAUACUUAUCUUCAAGAUAAUCAAAUUUUUGGUGAUUGUACUGCUGAAACUUAUAUACAUGCCUUGAAAACUGGUUGUCGAGCAGUUGAAAUGGACUGUUAUGAUGGUAGAGAGGGCGAACCGGUCGUUUAUCAUGGAAAUACAAUUACUGAGCCAAUUAAACUCGAAGAAAUUUUACUUGCUGUUCAAUUACAUGCAUUUGAUACUUCACCUUAUCCAUUAUUUUUAAAUAUUGAAAAUCAUUGUUCAUAUGAACAGCAAGGUAUCAUGGCGAAUCUUUUAAAAGCUAUUUUCAAAGAUAGCUUAAUAUCGAAGCCAUUGACAGAAGAUUUUCAAACAUUACCAUCACCUGAACAAUUGAAAUAUAAAGUUUUAAUUCGAAGUCCUUCAUAUACAAGAUCAAAACUAAAACCAACAACUGAUUCCACUGAACCAAAUCAUUCUGAACUCCAUCCUGAUUUCGCUAGUUUGAUCGUCUAUUGUCAAAAUACUAAAUUUACAAAUGUAUCACAAAUACUAUCUAAUAAUAAAUGUUAUCAGUCGUUUUCACUCAAAGAAUCUGUGGCUUCGAGUUUAAUUGCUGCAGAUUCACCAAAUCAUCUUGAUCUUAUUCGUUUAACUCAACAUAAUUUAGUACGUGUUUAUCCGGAUAGCAUUCGUCAGAAUUCAAGUAAUUUACAUCCAUUAUUUUAUUGGGUUUAUGGAAUGCAAAUGGUUGCAUUGAAUUAUCAAACCGACGAUGAAGCAAUGUGUCUUCAAUAUGGCCUCUUCAGUGAUAAUGGCGGCUGUGGAUAUCUUUUAAAACCGCCUUGUUUAUUAGCCACUGAUCAAUAUUUUGAUCCGAAAGAACGAUGUAUUGAAAAAGGAAAACGUUUACACAUUCAGAUUAUUAGCGGACAACAUAUAGCAAAAGAGAAUUCAAUCGAUGAUCGUGAUAUAUCCGAUCCAUAUGUUAAAGUUUGUACGUAUGGUAUUGACUGUGAUUAUAAUGAACAUUGUACACCGGAAAUAAGAAAUAAUGGUUUAAAUCCUAUAUGGGAUUAUAAGAUAGCAACGGAUAUCUAUUGUCCUGAAUUGUGUCUUGUCAUUUUUCAAGUACGUGAUCACGAUCGAUUUGGCCGUUCGGACUUUCUUGGGCAAGCUUGUAUACCAUUUAAUGCACUUCAAUUAGGUUAUAGACAUAUUAAAUUGAAAGCAGAAAAUGGUGAUUACACUAAUGGAUCCAUAUUUGUGCAUGUUAAAAUUGAUGAUUUUUGA